AUGUAUCAAAUGUAUGAUGGAGCUUUGACCCGAUUCGACCUGGUGUGGGAUGAACAACAGGUCUGGGUGGGGUUCCCUCAACCUGUGACCGGAGGCUUGAUACCAGUGACCUUCGUGAGCGAGAAAGCCGACUCCACGCCCGGAUUCGUCGAAUUUAGUAGCAGAGACGAAGAACCGCAGCCGCCAGGUUCUACGGUCUUUGAAAACCAACCAACACCGUCAGUUGCGAUUGAGUCUGUUCCGACUGAUGGCUUUGCGACCGAUUCCCCUAGCCACGAAUCGGUCGACGUUUUGGAAUUAUCUCCGCGAGAGGCAUAUUUGAUUCGCUCUUACAUUCAAAAGAUCGCGGCCGUGGUGAGCCUUUCUCGUCGGCUCGUACUAGUGGUGUCUAUUUUCUAA